AAAGAGACAGAAGAAGAAUCAUUUGAAAUAUUUGAGGUUAUGUGUUUCUGUCUUUGCCAAGGAUUAUAAUAAGAAUAAUAAGAUUAUAAUAUUAUAAACUCUCUUUGCCCCCUAUGCCCAUACGAAAAUUUUCCAGAAGUCUGAGAAAUCCUUUAAUUUAAUCGUACCCAAGGUCCUAAGCGUAGGCUGCACAGAUUAAUAAAGCGGUUUAUUAAUCAUGCUGUGACUAUCACCGAGCAUACCACCUAAUGUAUUUGAAUUCUGGAUGUGAAUUCCAAUCAAUUCAAUGAGUUCAUCUACAAGCAAGUCCUCAGGAUAUUCAGUGAUGCAAGAAAUAACUAAAAUAGAAGGGGAGAUUAAAGGUACCUAUGAGAGAUUAGAGACCCUUGAAAAGAAAUUGAAAAAUGAAAACCUACCUGAAGUUCAACAGAAAGCUGUUGAACGUGAAUUAGAGGAAGUAAGAAAACUAUUGAGAACACAUGAAGAACAAUUAGCACAUUUGAGAACCCACAACAGAAAAAGUUUUGUAUUUGUUGUAGCAUUGAUAUUUAUUAUUUUCACUGUAUAUAUGUUGUAUGUACUUGUUGGAGGUAGUACAUUCUAAAUGGUCAUUGUAAUUUUUCAUCUAUUUAUUAAAUAGACUAUCCAAAAGAA